CCAGAAAUCCUGCAACCAAACCUGUACACUUGUGGUAAACAAAACCGUGUGCUCUUGUCAGCCUGGCUAUACCUUGGCACAAGAUGAACUGAGUUGUAAUGGUGGGUAGAAGUUUCUCAAACUUUGAUUUUUACACAGGUAUUUCUUUUAUAAAAAGUUUUUUCGUUUGUUGUUUAAAUAUUACCACAUCAACUGGAGAUGUAUUGUUAAAAGAUGCAUUCCACUGUCACAGAAUCAAGACGUAAUAAUAUUUAAUUCUUGUUUUUAGACAACAGGACCAGACAUGUUAAAGACAACAUACUCCUCACUGAGAUUUAAAUUAUUUAUUUUUCUAUCUAUUUGUCUGUCUCAAAAAAUAAGUACGACCAUAUAAAUUGAACAUAUAGCGAAUAAGAAAUAUCUUCUUCUUCUUCUUUGUUUUGAGGGCCCACGAUCAAUCAAUUGAUCAUUUUGGCUCCUAUGUUUUUUUCUAGGACUUAUCUAAUAACUAAAGCAGUAAUGUAAAAACAAGAUAUCUCCCUCAAACUCAAUAUAGACAUUACAAAAAUUUAUUUUUAAACAUUAUAAUAAACAAAGCACAAAUAGGUCUUUUUGGGGCACUUAAAGAGGAUAUGUACUCAUUUGUGACAUGCUAACUGUUAAAUGAAGCAAAUUCCAUUUCAUGGUAGUAUCCCACACUAACAAAAGCUUGGUAGAAUUUACCUUGAAGUAAGUAUCAGUGAAAUGGUUCUAGUAUCCCACACUAACAAAAGCUUGGUAGAAUUUACCUUGAAGUAAGUAUCAGUGAAAUGGUUCUAGUAUCCCACACUAACAAAAGCUUGGUAGAAUUUCUCAUGAAGUAAGUAUUGGUGAAAUGUUUCUAGGCAGGCACCAACCUGCUGCUGCAUACUUUUCAAUUAUGGAUUCAAAAGUGCCAUGGAGGUUUUUUUAAAUAAUAUUUGUUAUAAGAGGGAUUGGAAGGUCCUAAAGCUUUUAAUAAGAUUAAUAAGACUCAACAAUUUGUAAAGAUUAGCUGUGCUAAUUAAUUUUUAAACAAUUGUUUGUAUGUUGUUAAUCUAAUGUUUUUUUUGAGAAUUUAUAGUAUUUUAAUAUUUUUUUUCUUCAAAAACCAGUUUUGUAUAGUAGAAUACCUACAAGGUAACCAAAUACUUAAAUGCCAUCCAUCAUGCAAAGUUUUUUUUUAUCAGAUCCAAAUGAGCAAUGUACAAAGUAGUUAGUUAUGUUAGGCAAGUGAUGAACUUUCUGUGAUUGUGGCAGAUGUUGAUGAGUGUCAAGAUAGCCCUUGUGUCAAUGGCAGCUGUUUCAACUAUAGAGGCUCGUUCUCCUGCCACUGUGAUGAUGGGUUCAAACUUUCAGAGGACCAACUUACUUGUGCAGGUCAGUCAAUGUACUGUCCACAACUCUUUCAAUAACUAUACAUGAUAGAGGCCUAAAGUUGUUGUUUUUAUAGGUGUUAUGUUUGAAAUUAUACAUUGAAGGAAAGGUAUCUCAUGUUUAGGAUAUAUAUCUAAGCAAAAUGACAUUGGUGCAAAAACAAAUUUAUCUCAUUUUAUAGUAGUUUACAUUUUUGAUGUGUAAACAAUGUUUUUUCGUAAUCAGUUUUAAAAAAAGAUUUUUAAUUGUUAUUUUUUGUGGCAAGUUGGGUAGGGGAUAUUGCAUGACACAUGAUUCUGUUUUUGUGUUUUCCCAUUGCUCACAUAGUCAGUUUACAUUUUAUAACUAAUUUGAAGCCAACUUCCAAGUUUUGCAGUUAAGGUUUUUUUUUACUUUGGGUUUACUUUCUCCCCAAGAACAUCUACCUUGCUGGUCAAGUCCAUUUCACCCUGCAUUUAGAGAAAAUUUGAUACUUUUCAUUUUUAAUAUUUUGAAGUGAGUUUAAUAAAAAAAUAUUUUUACUUGGAGACAUAGCAGCUAAAUGGAAUAUUGUUAUACUCUGAUACCGUUUCAGAAAGGUUUUUUCCAGAAUAAAAAUUAAAAACAAAAUUUAAUUAAAAUGUAAUCGUCUUUCAGAAUGUGGGCUUGGCUUUUAUGGGGGUAACUGCAGUCACGAAUGCACCUGUAACUCCACAAAUGUUGAAAGCUGCAACCGCACGGAUGGAAGUUGUAACUGCUUUCUCGGAUGGAGUGGGACCAACUGCUUGGAGGACGUUGAUGAAUGUUCUGAUAAUGCCACAGUAUGUCAGCUGAAUUCUUACUGCAUAAACUCACCGGGAUCCUACAGAUGUGUCUGCAACAUUGGCUUUUACAGUUCAGGGGGACGUUGUCUUGGUGAGUAUUGUAUGUAACAUUGGCUUUGACACUAAGGGAAAUUUGUCUCCCUGCGUCUUUUUAUGUAACAUUGGGCUUUACAAUUUAGAAAAACUCUGCCUUAGUGAGUACCAGUUGUCUGGAGGCUGCUUUUAUUGAAGUUUACAAGGGACAAUACACUUGGACAGGAUGAUCAAUUGUAGAGCAAAAAAGAAAAAAGUUAUUUAUGGGAAGAAACCCAGGAGCAGUUGGCUCACCAAGACUGAGAUGGCUUGAUGAUCAUCAAGGACCUACAUCAGCUGGGGUUCUGAGCAUGGAGGCAGAAAGUCAUGGAUUGAUCUGAAUGGAGUGAUGUGGUGGAUAGCAGGAAAAGGGCCUUCCAUGGGCUGUAGCCCCAUUUAUAAUGAUAUCAUUAUAAGUGAAUUUUUUUUCCAAAACUUACUUAAUAACAGAAUUUAGGUGAUUGUGAUUUUUUUUGGUCCUCAUAUCCACUGGGUCUGAUAGCAUCUGUCAUUUUAUUCUAACUUCUUCUUCUCACCAUUUACUCUCUUCCCCAUGUGUCCCUCAGCUUUGUCCAGAAACCAACCUCAGUCUUUCAGACACUCCCUUAAUUUCUUUACCCAACACUGAUCCACCCAACACUGAUCCACCCAACACUGAUCCACCCAACACUGAUCCACCCAACACUGAUCCACCCAACACUGAUCCACCCAAUACUGAUCCAACCAACACUGAUCCACCCAACACUGAUCCACCCAACACUGAUCCACCCAACACUGAUCCACCCAACACCCUCCUCAUUACCCCUACUCUCUCCUAUCAUCAUCACCUUAUAAUAAAGUGGGCAAUCUUCGCCCAUCCUAUCACAAAAUUAAUUCCCUGAUUGGAGCUGGAGAGAGAUUCAUGAAUCUGGCUAAGGUAGAGAAAGUGCAGGGCACUCUGAAAAUGGGCUGCCCUGAAGCUUUUCAUUUUACCAAUAAAUAUAUAUCUUCAUCCUUUUAGUCUGGUUAUUAUUUUCCCUUUAUAAAUAAAUGAAUGGCUUAUUCUUAUCCUCUUAAAAUACCACUGCACCAUAAAAUUAUAACAUAAGAACCUGACACUGAAAAUAUUCCUUAUCGUAUGUGAAGGACAAGACAUUUGUUUCACACAUGUGAAAAUAUCAUAAAUGAAAAAAAACUCAGCUGAACUGUUCCCCAUUUAGAAAUAACAAUGUUAUUUUAUUGUGGAUAUUUUUUAUUUUGUUUGUGAGGCAUGAACUAAUUUAGACCUGACAUAAUUUGUCUUCAAAUGUUUCACUUGUGGACUGCUUUCAUUUAUGAUCGUCUUAGCAUGCGAUGCCAACCGCUACGGCCAAGACUGUUCACAGAAAUGUGGCUGUGUGCCUGCCAACACUUUGGACUGCAAUGAUAAAGACGGAGUGUGUGCUUGUAAGAAGGGCAUGACCGGUGCUUAUUGUGAAGUUGGCAUUGAUGAGUGUGCGGACACCAGUUUCUGCAGGGGACCGCAUGAAAACUGCACAAACCUUAAAGGCUCUGUGGUGUGUGGGUGCAGGUCUGGCUAUGAACGUAACUAUCAGGAUGACACCUGUCAAGGUAAUGUGACAUUCAGAUAGGUACACAUUUUAGAGCCCAUCAUUUUUUAAAGAUUUUCUUUUCGUUUCAUCACUUUUUAAAAGUUUUACAUAUUAAUGGAUAAAAUAAAUGUGUCAAUCCAAGUGUCUAACUUCUUGCCAUGUUAACAGUUACAAAUGAAUGUGUCAAUCCAAGUGUCUAUCUUCUUGUCAUGUUGACAUACCCUGGUAUACAAAUGAAUGUGUAAAUCCAAGUGUAUAACUUCUUGUCAUGUUGACAUAUACAAAUAAAUGUGUCAAUCCAAGUGUAUAACUUCUUGCUGUGUUAACAGAUACAAAUGAAUGUCUCAAUCCAAGUCUCAACAACUGUGUUAGCCCGAA